GGAUGGCUAACCUUGAAGAUUAUGGAGAGGUAUGAUUACCUGCUGAAGUUUCUGAUUAUUGGAAAUGCUGCUACUGGCAAAACAUGUUUGAUGAGAUGGUUUCUUGAGGGGAAGUUUAAACAGGAUUCACUACACACGAUAGGUGUUGAGUUUGGAACAAAAGUGCUUAAAGUUGAUUCAAAGUCUGUAAAGUUACAGAUAUGGGAUACGGCUGGUCAGGAGAGAUUCCAAUGUAUCACACGCUCAUAUUAUCGAGGUGCAGCCUGUGCGCUGGUAGUUUACGAUAUCACUGACCGAGAUUCAUUUAACGCAAUUAAUUCAUGGAUUUCCUCUGUUAGAGAUUUAGCUCUUCCAAACCUGACAGUUAUACUGAUAGGAAACAAAGUUGAUUUGGAAGCGAAUUUACGUGAGGUCACUGAAUUAGAAGGGAAACAGUGUGCCAUUGAUAAUGGAGCUUAUACAUUUUUGGAAACAUCAGCUAAAAAUGGUUCGAAUGUUUUGGAUGCAUUUACCGCUGCUGUUCGAAGUGUUCUAGAACAAAUUCAAAAUGGUUCUAACCCAAACCAAAUGUCCUAUCCAGUUGGAAUUGGUCCUGCUCACUUAACUUUUCCCGGAUCAAACGAAUCUGUUAACAGUACAAAGUCAUCCAAGCUAUGUUGUCGUUCUUAGUGUUUGCUCAUUUUUGCAUCACAGGUAAGUCCAUAAAAUUUAUAAAUUGAAUUUAACAUGUUUGUGUUUACUUAGGUGUACUAAAUACGUCUUAACUGAUUAGUAGCAUAGAAUGAUAAAAGUGAAAACCUACGUUUUUCCAAUUGGAUUCUGAAAUUUAACCUAAUGUAUCAGCUUAUUAUUUACUUAUUUUAUUUGAACACAUAAAUAUUGGUACAAGAGGGCACCAAAUAUAUAUGCGCCACACAAAACAAUGAGAAUUCGAAGGAAAAAAGAAGGUAAGGAGCGUAAAAAAAGAACAAUAACGAACCGAUUAGUGUAAGGUAGUGUAAUAAUAAUAACAAUAGGGGAAACGGAAAGGUACAAUCAGAAAAAAUCUUUCAGUUAAGGAAGAAACAACUAUUUUGUUUUAUGAAGAAAGUAAAAGAAGGCUACAGCAGGAUCGCCACUGGCUUUUAUUCUGAGCCAUAUCUGAUAACGUCUCUAGCCAUUGCGUUGCACCACCUCUCGGACCCCGGCCAGGUAGUCGUGAAGGACCAACAGAGGCUAGCCCUUCGCAGAUUUCUUUCAUACCACAACAUCAUAUUAUACACUGACCACCUCUCCGCUUUUUCUAACCAGUCCCAGCAUCGGCGAAUAAUGCCACGACGUGGAAUUCUCUGGGACGACAUUCGUAGAACAUGUCCAAGCCACCGAAGUCGAUGUUUCAAGAUAGUGAUAUCAACUGAAUUAUCGUCUCUGUGCUUGAACACAGGAUGUUGAACCUCUGCAUUACUAACAUGGUGUUGCCACUGAAUGUCAGCAAUCCUUCGGAGACAACGAUGAUCAAACACAGAGGGUCUUUUAACGUCCUCAACUCAGAGAGGCCAGGUUUCACAAGCAUAGAGCAAAACUGCUCUCACCGACGCGUUGUAGAUCCGACCUUUUACAGCCAGACUAACAUCAUGAAGGCGCCAAAGAUGGCCCAGAUUGGCAUAAGCCACUCUGGCUUUCACGAUACGUGCAUUGAUCUCAUCACUCACACCCUCCCAGCACUUAUGCAGCUACCUAGAUACACGAACUUCUCGACUACUUCUAUCUGCUCACCAUCCAGGGUGAGUACAGGAUUAGGAUUGUAGGAAGCAAUUUCCUACAGACUCAACUCUGAGCUAAUCUCUAGACUGUCGAAUACAGAGUCUUGGUUUAGCCAAAGUCAGAACAAGCAAGCUAUUUGGCUAGAUAAACUUUAUCUGUUUCUAAAACAUAAAUUAACAUCGUUAGUGUACAAACAAACAGUACGGUCUAUUAAUACAGGGACAAACAGAGACAAAUAACAUACCGAACAGUAGCCAGAGAAUAGGAAAAAUGAGUCAACAAGCAAAUAUUGUUUUACAAUGAACAUCAAACUGUGAUUGGUUAAUAAAGAGAUACAGUCGUACAAGGUCAAAAAGCGUUAAUGUGGUGGUGGGCGUUUGCCUUAUUAUUGGUGGGUUCGUCUAUCGAUCGCAUUUUACAAGGAUCCUGCCAGUCUUGUAGAAGUACUUUACACUUCGAAGGUGCUAAGCACGUACCAAACCUACGGACACUGAUUGCCAACGAAAUUGAGAGGACGAGAAGCGAAUAUCCGGCGCUUUAACCGGGUCGGUGGACACUGAGAGUUCACCUAGGGGAGUUGGAAAACCCUAAUUUCAAACCAAUGGUACACAUGGGCUCCCGUAUCCUGAGGGAACAAAUGGCGUAUGAACCAAUCGUUGGUCACUGGCUUCCAUGAGACUGCAUCUCCUUACGAUGCUCCACUGCCUUGUCGAGUAAACCUUCAGGUCGAAGGCUACGGGUGUGGCCUUCUAAGAAAACCACUUGCUUCGGUUUGGGCACUCGAGCAGUAUCACAGCCCUCACACAUAUCAAAUGUGAUCUGUGUGGCGCAUAUGUAUUUGGUGUCAAAAUAAAUAAUAAAAUAUUGUAUUGCAUAAUUUUGUGAGUAUUCAGUUUGUGUAUAGAACAGAAUACACAUAUAAAAGUAGUGGUUUUAUUGUUCUAUUUUCACUUCAAAAUAAUCAUUAAUCAAUCUAAUUUGCAUAAAGUAUAGUAGUUUAAAAAAUAAAGCCUUCAAAUAGGUUUGUUUCAUUAUUUGAUUCCGGUUACGUAUCACUAUCUCUUGGAUAUCGUUUAACUCAAAUUCAAAUACAUGGAAUUGUAUCCAUUAAAUGUAUCAUUUUAUCAUUAUAAAUCAUUAUUCUGAACUGUAAUUAUCGUCGUGCUACAACAUUCAAUAACAGUAAUAAUCGUAUCUUGUUGUUAAUCAACAUUCUACUCUUAUAUAAAGUUAGACUCUGAUGGUAUUCUUCUGAAUGACAGUGAAUAAUUCACAAUUACCAACUAUCUAACUCAAAGAACUCAAUGCUAAGAACUGUUUUUUUUAAUCAAUAUUCUGUUUGCAUAGAAAAGUGUAACUUUUCGGAAGAAAUGUAGGUAGUAUGGUAGCAAUAAUUAAAAUUUUAAGAAUAAAUAGUUUUAAUGGAGUUUUAUGGACGAACCAAUCAGGUAUAAGAUAACAGGUUUCGGAUUUUGGCGAGAAAUUCACUCAUCCAUUUGGCUAAAUAAAGUUUUGGCAUUAUAGCUAGUGUCAGUUCGUGAUGAAAACUUUCAUCAUCAACCGUAAAUCACAACUUUAGUUCAUCACACAGGUUUAUAACCUUCAUUUGGUCCUAGUUAUUAAGUAGACACUCUCAAGGUUAAGGUGUCGCUGAAAGGUUGUCCGUAAGUAAAUCUCAUCGUUUUAAUAGGGUUCUCUGUUUUUGAUUGAGAUCAUGAACCAAUUAAUGUUAGACUACCACUAAACACCUGGAAGCACUGGACGGCCGUUUAGUCCUGUUAUGGGACUACUCAGCAAUGCACAUCGACGAUCUCGCGCCAAAGGGAUUCGAGCCCAGAGCCUUCAAUCUCGCGCGCGAACGCUUAACCUCUAGAUCACUGACCUGGUCGGCAUCGAACGGUGUUCAUGUCUAACGUCAACCAAUCUACGAAAUUUCGCGGCCAUCUUCCAUUGUAUUGAGGUAGAUACCUGUCUCUACUUGACACGGAUUAGUUCCACUGGUCAUGACUCCUCACUAGUACUCCUAGAAUUCCCUCACGAAACUAAUCAUUAGUGAUUACAUAGUAAUUAUCACUAUAGAGUUAUGGAAAUUAUUAACUUUUUGAUCAUUAUCAAUGAAUCUAAUAGUGUUUAUUAUGCUGUUGUUUCUUUUUUCUUUAUUGUUUACAGUUAUCUUUUACUUUUACACAUAAAGAUCUUUGGGGGUGUAUGGUAUUCUCAACAUACUAAUCAUUAUGUCUGUGAUAAAUUAUUGAUUUUCAUGUUUAUAUAAAUCAUUUCUACAUUUCAUCAGCAUAUAUACGUUCAACUAUAGGUAGGUGAUCAAUCUACUGUUUAGUUGAUUUUAAAUGUUAGUAUCUUCUUUAAAAAAAAAGAGAAUUAUACAAUUUCCUUUUCUUUUUUUUUGGCGGCGAGCGGGGAUCAAUUGACCUCUGUUCAUUCAUCACAAUACACACCCCCCCUUCUUUUUUUCUUAAAGAUUGUUCUUUCACAUCGUUCAAGAAAUUUCUCUUCAACCAUUGAUUCCUUGAUCAUUGUUUUUUUAAAAAAAAAUUAAAAAAGUUUUUUCGUUUUCUUUUAUCUUUUUCUCUUCAUUUUUCUUUUGUUUUUGUUUGUUUUUAUAUUCUGAGAUAUUUUAAGUUGAUAAGAUUAUUGUUGUUAUUAUGGUGAUAUAUAAUGUUAUAAUGCCUUCCAAUUAAUAUACUAUUUUUAAC